UACAUUGUGGUGGUAGUAACUUGUCGGUAUUGAAAUUGGAACUGUUUAAAGGAAUUGUUUAUUGAAAGCUGAUUUGGAUUUGAUAAAAGGUGUGUGAAUGAAUUGAGCUAGCUCCUGUAUGUAUGAUUUGAGUGACUGAGACGCGGCGCAGCUGCGAAGCGAGUGCGGAGUUCUGAUCCGCGGUUCCGUUAUCCCGCGAGGGGUGCGGCCGGAGACGAACGAAGUGAGUGUAUUUUGUUUGUCAGAUAAAUGUGACCGGUCAUGUAAAUGAAUAUUGUUCCCUCCAUAACGGGUGUAAAGCAAGCAAUAAGUGUUGAAUGUUAAAAUUGUUUUAAGAUAUUUUAUGCUCAUUGGUUUGGGUCUAAUCCAGAUUGUACUGAUUUUGAGUGCCCUAAUUGUCAGCUGUGGAUGCAGUGGGAGGAACAUUAGGGAGAUAAUUUUAUCCUCUAACUGUACUGUGUGGGGAGUUAAAUUAAUAAAGAUGGGAGGACAGCAAAGUGGCGGAAUUGUGAAAAAGAGUCCUAUAGGAUGUAUUUUAAAACAUUGGAAAAAUAUAGAAGGACCGUCAGGUGGGAAUGUGAAUAAGAAAACUUUGAUAAAAUAUUGUAAUUAAUGGUGGCCCUUAUAUAAAUUAGAUGAUGGAGAAAAGUGGCCCUUUAAUGGGACUCUGAACUAUAAUACUAUGUUGCAAUUGAUGUUGUUCUUACGGAGAGAAGGAAAAUGGGAUGAGGUUAUGUAUGCGGAUAUGUUUUUCACUUUGUGAGGUCGUCCUGAGUGGCAAAGGGACUGUGGAUUUGGUGUGCUGCCACAAGACCCUCUAGUUUUGUCCCUCGAGAAAGGACACAACGAUAAAAGGAAGGGGCAGCAGAAAAUGAAGAGGUGUUGCUCGGCAUGUAGUAUUGGACAAAGGUGUUUAAAAGUAACAGAAUCCAGGAAGAGUAAAGAGGAAACAGAGGAUCAGCUUGAGGAUUUGGGAAUGCCCCCCCCUCCAUUGCCAGAUCCGCUUUCUCCACCCCAGUCGCCAUUCCCUGAGACAGAGGGUGGCGGCAGCGGUGAGGAAGAAGGGGGAGCGGCAACUGCUUUUACUCCAGUUACUGCAAGAACCAGAGAUAAGGGAUCUGGAGAAAUUACUUGAAGAAGCCUGGAGAGUUUUUGGAAAUCGGGAAGAUGUGGAUAGGGGAUUUAGAGGACCUGGAAGAGGGAUGCCUUUUGGGACUAGAGGAGGACUAAGGAAUUUGGCAAGAGGUAGAGGUGUUAAUGUUGGAAAUGUAUUGGAGCGGAAUCAAUGUGCAUAUUGCUGGAAAAAGGACACUGGAAAAAUGAAUGCCCUGAGUUUAAAAAUACCCCACCUGCCCUGAUAGCUGAAACAGGGACUGAUUGAUGGGGACCUGAGGCAUCUACCCUAGCAGAUCCACUGGUCAAAAUAAAGCUAGGGGAACAAGAGAAAGAAGUUGAAUUUUUUAUAGAUACAGGUGCCUCUUUCUCUGUUUUAAAUCAAGAAGUAAUGCCUGUAAGCAAGGAUUUUGUAAAUGUGAUAGGAGCCACUGGCCAGCAGAGAAAGGCGUUCUUUUUGGAACCCCUUAGAUUUAAAUUAGGAAAACAGAUCGGAUUACAGUACUAGACCUAAAAGAUGCAUUCUUUUGUCUGCCUUUGGCUAAAGAAAGUCAAAAGUUGUUUGCUUUUGAAUGGGAAAGCCCUACCACUGGUAGGAAAACCCAGCUUACUUGGACAGUGUUACCCCAAGGUUUCAAAAACAGUCCAACAAUUUUCAAAAAUCAAUUAGCACGUGAGCUUGAGGCAUGGAAGCCUCAUUCCAAAAACAGAACCCUUUUACAAUACAUGGAUGACCUAUUAAUAGCAACUGAAACAAAACCUGAGUGUAUCCAAUGGACUGUGAGCUUGUUAAACUUUCUUGGACUAAAUGGAUAUCGAGUCUCUCAACAGAAAGUUCAAAUGAUACAACAGCAAGUGACCUACCUGGGAUAUGAAUUAUCUGGAGGACAACGGGAGUUGGGAACUGGACGAAAGGAAGCCAUCUGUAAAACCCCACUUCCUCAGACGGUAAAAGAACUCAGAACCUUCUUGGGAAUGACAGGUUGGUGUCAAUUAUGGAUUUAUAACUACGGAAUAAUAGUGAAACCUUUAUAUGAACUCUUGAAAAAUAAUCCCACUGGAUUGAUAUGGUCCAAAGAAGCUCAGAACGCAUUUGAAAUACUUAAAAAGGAACUCAUGAGAGCCCCAGCCUUGGGCUUGCCUGAUGUAACCAAACCUUUCUGGCUCUUUUCUCACGAGAAACAAGGAAUAGCUCUAGGAGUUUUAGCUCAGCGGCUGGGACCAUACAAAAGAGCCGUAGCUUACUUCUCCAAACAAUUAGAUGAAGUAAGUAAAGGAUGGCCAGGAUGUUUACGAGCGGUAGCGGCCGUAAUACUAAAUAUUGAGGAAGCCCGGAAAUUUACUUUGGGCCAGAAGAUGACAGUAUUGGUUUCACAUACGGUAUCCGCUGUAUUAGAACAAAAAGGGAACCACUGGCUUUCCCCAUCCAGGUUUUUGAAAUACCAGGCCAUCCUUGUUGAAUCGGAUGACAUUAAAAUUGAAGUGACUAACGUUGUGAACCCAGCCUCUUUCCUUAGUGGAGCAACAACUGAACCACUGACGCAUGACUGUUUGGAAACAAUAGAGACUGUGUACUCCAGCAGACCAGACCUGAAAGAAGAACCCCUGGAGGACGCACAGGAUUCCUGGUUUACGGAUGGAAGUAGCUUUGUCCGACAAGGUAUCCGUAAAGCUGGAUAUGCGGUGACCACAACAAAUAAGGUAAUUGAAUCCCAACCACUGCCUAUUGGGACGUCAGCUCAAAAGGCUGAGAUUAUUGCUUUGACUAGAGCUUUGGAAUUGGCAAAAGGGAAAAGGAUAAAUAUAUGGACAGACUCUAAAUAUGCUUUUGGGGUUGUUCAUGCCCAUGGAGCAGUCUGGAAGGAACGAGGAUUGCUUACUGCGCAAGGAAAACAAACCAAACAUACAGAAGAAAUACUUCGUCUACUGGAGGCAGUACGGUUACCAGCUAGCGUCGCCAUCAUGCAUUGUCGAGGACAUCUGAGGGGCUGA